AUGAACCGGACUGUCUCUAUUUUCUCCUCCAAACUCGCACCUGGUGCUGAUAUAGGUGUGGGAUUUACAAUCCUGUCAAUCGUGCUUCUGUCCGUCCUUGGCAACGGCCUGGUGCUGGUCAUCUCCUACCGACGGAGGAAGAAGAUGGUGGAUUCAGAGCUCCUCUGCGUCAACCUGGCCGUGGUGGAUUUCCUAUGUUGCAUCUGUUUCUACCCGCUGUCCAUUCUGUCAUCGUUUAACCAUGCCUGGCUGGGGCACCACGUCACGUGCGUCUACUACGGUCUGGGCUGCUACAUAUUCGGCCUGUGUGGCAUGUUCACCAUCGCCGCCAUCAGCGUGAUCCGCUAUCUGAAAACAUUCUAUAACCUGGUCUAUGCAGUCUGGCUGAAUGGUGCCAACAUCCGGCUGGUGUGCUGUGCCUCGUGGCUAGUCGCCACCGUCUGGUCCUCCUUCCCCUUGUUCGGCUGGGGCGAGUACGUCCCCGAGCCCUACGGCCUGUCCUGUACCAUCGCCUGGCACAGCUACCACACCUCCUUUAAAGACGCCUUCUACGUCAUCUGUUCCUUCUCUUGUUUCAUGCUGGUGCCCGUCCUGCUCAUCGUGAUGUCCCAGAUCCAGAUCCUCUACAAAGUCUAUCAUUUCACCUACGCCUUGUCAGCCCGGGGGAUCCGGACCAACCUGCGCCAUGCCGAAAAACGUCUCUCCAUGAUGUUCUUCUGCAUCAGCCUUGGCUUUGUGAUGGCCUGGGCUCCCUACGCCGUUGUCUCCUUCCUCUUCAUCUUCCACAAGGACAACAGGUACAUGGCACCUGGGGGCUUCGUGUUCCCCGCACUGUUCGCCAAGAGCUCUCACGUCUACAACCCCUUCAUCUACUUCUACUUCAACAAGGCCUUCCGUCAGGAGCUGCGCUGCCUGUUGCGCUCCUUCUGCCCCCGGUUAGCCGGGAAUCGUGUGGGGGUCCGCUCUGCCACGGGCCAGGAGGGACUCCCCGGGGGGCCACAUCCCAUCCAGAUCCAGCUCCAGGAGCUGGGGAUGUCUGGAGGGGGAGUCCUAGGGGAGGAAUAG